AUGAGUAGUUUUCACAUUCGGGACGAAAAUAAUCUUACUGAAGAAGAAAUGUUGUGGUUAUUAGAAAACGAUUGUGUGGAAUAUAACGCAAUAUUAGAAGAAGAUGUAACAAGUGAUAUGGAAAACGAAGAUCAUGUUUCCGAUCAUGAAGAAAUCGACGAUGUGAUAGUUGCUGAUGAUGACGAAGACACCAAUAUACCAGACGGUCCACAUUAUACUGCAAAAGACGGUACUCAGUGGUCUAAGAUGCCUCUAAGUAAACGUGUCAGACGUUCAGAAGCAAAUAAGAUCGUUGCGGCCCCAGGUCUUACCCACAGUAGUUCUGAAAUAUCUACUAUACGGGAAUCAUUCCUACUUUUCUUUUCUGAUGCCAUGCUCGAUAUUAUUGUCAUUGAAACCAAUCGAAAAGCCAAGUAUUUCUUUGAUCAGCAUAAUGCAACACAUCCGGGUAAUACCAAAAAAUUUGCCCCGACUAACCGUAUAGAAAUAGAAGCCUACAUAGGUUUAUUGAUUACUCUAGGAGCAUUGCAAGCUAAUACGGAACCAAUUGAAAUGCUCUAUUGUAGCGACCCCGCAUAUUGUCGUCCAAUAAUCCCUGCCUGCCUCUCGAGGAACAGAUAUUCUUUUAUCACAAAAUUUAUUAGGUAUGAUAAUUUUGAAACAAGAGAGCAAAGGAAACUUCAAGAUAGACUUGCUCCGAUACGAGACAUUUUCGAUAUAUUGGUAUCUAACUGUAAAACUGCCCUCAACCCCAGUAGUCACAUGUGCGUGGAUGAACAGCUAGUUCCGUUUCGAGGAAGAGCGCCAUUCCGCGUCUACAUGAAGAGCAAACCAGCUAAGUACGGGAUAAAGAUAUGGGCACUGGCAGAUUGCGAAUUCAACUAUACGGUCAAUAUGCAGGUAUACCUUGGUAAACAGGGCAACAAACCUGAAAAAAAGCAAGGAAAGCGAGUUGUUCUUGAACUUACAGACCAUUUGCAACAAGGGUAUGGAAUUACCACCGACAAUUUUUUUACCAGCCUUGAGUUGGCGAACAAGUUGCUGAUGAAAAAAUUGACACUUUGCGGGACAUUGCGUAAAAAUAAGGCUUUCAUCCCCAGGGAAUUACUACCAAGUGCAUCAAAGAAGGAAUAUUCUUCAAUGUUUGCAUUCCAGAAAAACUGCGUGUUGGUGUCCUACGUCCCAAAGAAGAGUCGGGCUGUAAUUCUCCUUUCCAAUGAACACCAAGAUGACAAAGUCAAUAGUGCAGAAAUGAAAUACAAACCAGAUAUUUUACUACAUUACAAUAAUACCAAAGGUGCAGUUGAUGCCACAGAUCAGAUGGCACAAAAGUAUACGACGCAAAGAAGAACUCUUAGGUGGCCUAUGGUACUAUUUUACCAUAUGAUAGACAUUGCGGCUUUGAACGCGUACAAAAUUUGGACCAUAAAAAAUCCAAAUUACGAGAUUGGUCACUUAGAUGCACGAAGAAAGUUCCUUCUUGCACUUGGGAAAGAUUUGGCCAAAGAAAACAUAAUCAAUCGGUACAAUAAAGCCAAUGGAUUAAACGCUGGUCCAAAAGAGAAUAUCUUGAAGGUUUUUCCCGAACUACGUAAAGAAGCUGUACUACAAGAAAGGCAACCAGCAAGGUUUAAGUAUGGCGUUAAUAUAUAA